AUGGAUGCUCUUGGUCUUGGUCCAAAGAGGAUAGUCUUCCAAAGACCUCCGGGGUUUAACCGUGAUCACAAUAUCAGUACUCUCGCCAAGACGAUCCCCCGGUCCGACGGCUUCCUGUGCCCGAACAACACCGCUUGCCCAGAGCUGUCCCUGGCUUCUCAGGACCGUCUGCGUAUCCGUGAUGAUGAGCAGGUGAGGAACGACCUUCUUGGCCGCCGCGUCGGGAGAGGUGUCCAGAUAAUCAGCCAAGACACGCAUGGCGCUAGCAAUUCUGCUUAUCUCGUUGCGGCGCUUAGUCCGGCGGAUAGGGGCAUUACUUACACCAGAGGGGGCUGCCUCGUCAGCCGUCUUGCCGGCGCCCUAGUGGCUUUCAGCUGCCUUGGCAGCCACUUCGGCAGGAGCAGAGACUGGAGCACCUCCGCCGUCCAGCUUGGAAAGGCCGCUGAGGAAGUGAUGGAAGGGGGCAGUCUCCACGCCCUUGAUCCAGUCAUAGACGCUCGCCUUGGUGGCCGCAGGACCGCUAGGCUUGUGUCCAGGGCCCGCCAGGAGCUUUCCGAUAAGGCCAUCGCCAGAGAGAGUAGAGUCCGAGAGGACAUCAGGGUCUUCAAGGAGGCGGCCGAGGAUGGCCUAGCAAACCGCGCCCUUCUUGCGGGUGCUGAGGUUGAGGUUAAAGGCGGUAGUAGCAAUAGAGAGCAUAAGGUCGAGGUUAUUCUUAAUAAGACAGGCAGUGAACUAGCGGGCCUAGUCCUGGAUAUCAGUGGUCAUAUCGUCGAAGCCCAUGGUGUGGACCUAGAUGGUCGCGAUGUAGUCCUCUUUGAUGGGACCGCGGACGCCGGUGGGGGUGAUAUUGAGUUCCAUGCUGGCGCAGAGGUCCUUGAGGAGGGCGACAGACUUGCCCAGCCCGACUUAAUGAGCGUGUCCUUGUGCCGCCAUGCCAACAAGGAGUUUGAGAUGGGGAAAUCACAGCGGACGCAAUCAGAGACGAUGGAGCAGAUUACGGAUGACGGCUGCUCCUUUCCAAACGUGGAGCAGUUUAAGAUGAAGUCCACGAAUCUCGGCCAGCAGCAUGGACCUUGCCGCCUCAUAACUGUGGACAUCCCGUAUCUCCUUAAACGCGAGGCGCAAGUCGAUCAGGAGGGCCUUUUGUUCCUCUUACUUCUUCCGUGCUACCUCUUCGUUCUCAGUAAAACGCCUGUCCAGGUUAGAAAGCUGUUCCUCAAGCCUGUCCAGUUGGCUGUUCUUGUCCUAGAGGUCCGCGUACGCCUUGUCAAGCUCGCGCCUGGGGACAACAUCGCCAGCAAGCUCCCGCUCCUGGGUGGUAGUCCCGAGCAGCUGCGUGAGCGCCUCUACGAGAGCCUUAUUGUCGCGCGCCAUGUCCACAAACGCCCUGCCGAUCUGCAAGGCUACUGCAUUACGGCUUGGCUCCUGGCCGCCGACCGCAGUGUAGAAGGCCGGCUCGUCCCAUUCCCCGCCAGCUUAACCAAAUCGACCGUAAGAACCUAA